GCACCGCCCCGCCGUGCGACAGCGCAGCGCGCCGGGCACCCACGUGGAGCGGGCCGGCCGGGAUGGGCAAGCGGCGAGCCGGGCGGGAGGUGCUGCGCAGCCUGAGCAAGAAGCAGAAGAAGCACCUGCGGGAGUUCGGCGAGGAGCACCCGUUCUAUGACAAGGUUUCUGGAAGACCAGAAGCAACUCAAAUAUGUGAACUGUCUGAGGAUUCUGAUAAAUCAAGUGCAGAAAGCGAUUCGGAGACUGAAGUGGAACAGGUCUCUGGAUAUCAUAAACUCUUGGCUACUCUGAAGACCUCACCUGAGUCUGAGAGUGAGGAAGAGGAAGAUGAAAGUGAAUCAGACGAAGCUGAGGAAAGUGAGGCAGAAAUGGACAGUGAAGGGUCCCAGGAGACUGGAGAAGCAGAGGAAGGUGAAGAAGAUAAGAAUGGUGUUCCAGAGGAGGGAGAAGCCACAGACACAGCAGAGCAGAUACUCAGUCAGGAGCAGGCUGAUGGCACAGAUACCUCUUGUGACCCACGUCAUGGAGUAAUKGAGGAGUUUACUGAUGUGAAACAUGAAUCUGAAUUUAGCUUGGAAACCAAUUUCAUGGAAGAGGAGAGUGGAGAUUGCAAUGCAGAUAAGAGGGACAGCAGUUCGUCACAAGCUCUUCCACAAGAUCCAUUUAAACAGCACAUGGACAAAGAACUUGAUGAUAAAGAAAUYGAGAAAAUGUCUACGCUUCCAAAAACUUCAAGUCAAAGCCAGUGGCCAAGGCUGGGUCAACUAAUUUUUUCUUCCACAUUGGAGAAACAUAAAACUUUGAAAGUAGACAGAGAAGUUGAUGUGAAACAGCUUCAUCUCCACAAGCCUUUGGAAUCCACUUGGCCAAAAGUGAAUAAACAAUUUCUGUCCUCACUGGACAAACCAAGUGAUUCCCCUUUUACCCCACUACAAAGAGAGCUCUUCUGUGUCAUGAAUUCRUACCGGGACUUGUUCUAUCCGGAAAGAAAUGCUUUAACAAACGGAGAAGAAAUCCGGCACGCUUACUGCCUGCAUGCCUUGAACCAUGUCCUCAAGGCCAAUGCCCAGGUGCUCAGCAACAAUGCCAAACGGAGGGACCGAAAGCCAGGGACUGACACCGAUGACUACAGGGAUCAGGGGCUCACUAGGCCUAAGGUACUGAUGAUCGUGCCCUUCAGGGAAUGUGCUCUGCGAAUUGUGCAUAUUUUCAUCAGUCUCCUGGAAGUGAAUGACAAAAAGAAAAUUGAUGUAAGUAAUAAAAAGCGCUUCAAAGGGGAGUUUGGCUCUGACCCAGAAGAGAAGCCUCCCAACCUGAAAAGRCCUGAAGAUUAUGAAGCUGUCUUUGCUGGCAACAUUGAUGACCAUUUCAGAAUUGGGGUUGCRAUUCUGCAGAAGAGCAUGAGACUCUAUGCACCCUUCUACUCCUCAGACAUCAUCAUUGCCUCUCCCCUGGGCAUCAGGACUGUCAUUGGCGCAGAGGGGGAGAAGAAGAGAGACUUCGACUUUCUGUCAUCCAUAGAAAUGCUCAUAAUUGAUCAAGCAGACAUUUACCUGAUGCAGAACUGGGAGCACGUUCUGCACCUGAUGAAGCACAUUAACCUUCUGCCUCUGGAUUCCCAYGGGGUGGACUUUUCCCGGGUGCGGAUGCUGAAUCUCAACAACUGGUCCAAGUACUACCGGCAGACGCUGCUGUUCAGUGCRCUCCAGGACCCCCAGAUUAACUCUGUCUUCAACAAACACUGCUUCAAUUACGUUGGGCAGGUGGCCAUUCGCAAUGUGCCUCUCACUGGUUCCAUCAGCCACGUUGUGGUCCAGCUUCCUCAUGUUUUUCGGAGAUUAGAAGCUGAAAGUCUAACUUCUGUGAUAGAUGCAAGGUUUCAGUUUUUCRUUGACAAAGUUCUGCCCGAGUACCGCGAUGCCAUCAUGUCCCACACGCUCAUUUACGUCCCGUCCUACUUCAGCUACGUGCGCCUUCGCAACUACUUCAAGAAAGAGGACCUGAAUUUCACUCACAUUUGCGAAUACACUAAAAAGGCUGCUGUCUGCAGAUCAAGGCGCUUCUUUCUCAAGGGAGAGAAGCAGUUUUUAUUGUUCACUGAACGUUUCCACUUCUACAAAAGGUAUACGAUAAAAGGCAUUAGGAACCUCAUUUUCUAUGAGUUACCAACRUACCCCCACUUCUACAGUGAGAUUUGUAAUAUGCUGAAGGCCACGGAUAAUGGGGUGGAUGCUACUUGGACUUGUACAGUGCUCUACUCCAAGUAUGAUGCUCAGAAAUUGGCUGCAGUGGUUGGCAUAGACCGUACAGCUCAAAUGCUGCAGUCCAAGAAGGAUGUGCACCUCUUUGUCACAGGAGAAAAUGAUUAAAUGAUUUUACAGACUGGRUGAUUGGAUGGACCUGCAUUUUAACUCCUAAUGCAGAUUUUUAUCUUGCUUUUUAGAAAAGUGUUWAAACUUUUUACUCCCUUUUGUUAAAUAUUAGGUUGGAAUUGUUCAUACAGUAUUAAAUUUUGUAUUUUGGUAUUCUGCAGAACAAGAAAAGGAUGUCAUUCAAAAAAUACAGGGCUUUGGAGGUGUUUUCUGUGUAGAAGCAAAAUCAAUCCAGAACUAUUUUUCUUGUAUAUUAAAAAACUCGUGGGUCAGUAAAGAUUCAUGCAGUAAUCAAUAGCUUGUGAUUGGGCUGUUUCAUUUCAUUUUCAGGUGAAGCAAGCUCCUCUUCUUUUCUCAAAGGAAAGUUCUUCCUCUAGUCUAGGAUAAAAAAAAAUGCCCAAGUAUUUAAUGAGUUACUAUUCUGCAAACCUACACAUGGGAGGUGCAGGCAAGGCUUCUUUAACACAAGUGUGUUGCUGAAUUGAGAGUUGGACUUACUUCAAAUUAACACUUGUGAGAAUCCAAGGAGCUAUGGUUUUUGUGUUCUGCCUCCUAUUUCMAACAGGCCCUCUGGCUGGUCAGUUUUACCAGGGAUAAGUACAAAGCCAGGGGAUCCAGUUACAAAUACCCAUGGUCUGGUAUCUCACACCAAAGGUGGAGGUGAGGUGGUUGGUGGUCUGGCUUUUUCCUCUWGAUGGUUGCAUAUGGACAACAUAGAAGCACCCUGGUUUUCUUUUYCUUCUUCCAGGAAGCUAAAACCUGAUUUAAAGGGAGCUAAAAGUAGAAAGAUUAGUUUUUGUAAGCACGUGCUAGGACUGCAGGAAGGUUGUUCUCCKUAGGGGCAGGUGAGUGUAGGAAGGAAACAUCCACCCUGUAAUAAGCUUUGAGGGAGUUCUUGUCUAGGAGGCUUAAGUAAAUACACCAAAGUGAAAUACACUCCUUGAGUAAAUGAGGCACAUAAUUUCUGCUAGUUCUUGUCAUAUUCCUGAUUCCUGUAUUCCUCAAAAGCUGUGAACUUGGGUAAUUAUCAUUUAGUAGAUGUGAAAAUCCAUGCGGUUUCUCACUUUGCAUUUUAAGUAGUGAUGUCUAUUAAUUUUACAUACCUCUGCUGUGGCACACAAGAAUUAAGAGCCAGCCCCAGCAAAUAUUUCCUGGUGGACAUCUGUCUCCUGUACAGCACAGACAGCAGUAGCAGCAAACAAGGAUUUUUGUUGUAUGGCCCAGGCUGGAUGUUGGAGAAUUGUGGCUGUGCAUAUGAAAACAAGCCCACAAAAUAGGAUUAAGGAAUUUUCUCUCUACACCGGAUGUACUUAGCAGAGAUAAUAGCUGACCUCUGAGGAAGCUAAAGUGGGAUAGCUGCUUAGGGAGAUAACAUGAUGCAGUGCAGCUCCUGUUUAAAGAAGCAGCAAGAGUUUUGUGCCAGAGCCUUAACUCUGCAAGGAUUUUUCUGCUCACACUGAAGUUAAAAGAAAAGUGUCUUGAUGCAAGUAAGGCCAAACUGUAGACAGAGGCCCUCAUGAUUUUUUUAUCAACUACCUGGGUUUSUUCCUAAGACAAGUAUACUUGGAAAUUUGAAAUGGAUAUACCAGUGUCACAUUUCUGAUGUUGAUUACUAAUUAUAACUUGCUGAUUGCCAAAGCAGUGUGUAAAAGCCUCUUCACUCCCUUCAGUAGGUGCUCAGAGCUGCCGGCACAGAGCCUUGGAGAGUUUGUGCAUGAGUUUUUUGUGCCCUGACAAAUUCUUACUUCCGUAGUAGGGAGCCUCAUCAGCCAGCACUGAUCCUAGGCAGGAAUUCUGCCUAGGGGGCUGUGGUAGCAGGUCAAACAGAUUUGCUGAUAUGGGCAGCCCUUCUCUGUAAUGGUGUGAAUGGUUUUUCAUCACCUUAAAUAAUUCCCUGGUGCCAGAGACAAAGUUCCUGGGACAUGGUGAGCAUCAAUGUUAGAGUUUGGCCCAUGCUGGAUGUGUGUUCAUGGACACAAGUGUUCUGUUUGCUGGGAUACCUGCUGGCUCCAGAUGAGUUACUUCAGAGCCCAUCUUCGUGGUGGCUUUCAGAGGGAUGGCUGA